CCGUACUGUCCACCCCCAUAGCACCCUCACUAGGGAUCCCUCCAAUUCUGUCCGCUACUCCACCUAAACCACUGACCUCCUCAUCUCAGACCACCCCUCCACAGGCUCUCAGCCCACCCCCUCCUGACUUCACCCCUCCACCAACAGAGCUGCUCGGAUCAGACGAUGAGGAACAGGAGGACCCAUCAGAUUACUGCAAAGGUAGGCGACAUAAUUGUCUAAUGGAUCUCUCCACAAUGGAUCGAUGCAAUAGUGUGGCAGAUUAGGAAAGUGACGGUCAAGGUCAUUGUAUUUGAAAAAUCAGCAGGGAGUGGAAUUACUUGGUGGUUAUGUAAUGAAUGAAGUCACAAUGUGGAUUUUGUAAUAAUACUUAUGAUAUGAUGACCUUGUAGAUACAGUAUGUCAACCUCACAAUACAAUUUAUCAACUAGGAUGAUGCAAUAAUGCUAAUAAGCCUGUGUGAGUGAAAGUCUAUGUAUAUUUCAGGUGGGUACUACCCAGUGAAGAUUGGAGACUUGUUCAAUGGGCGGUAUCACGUAGUCAGGAAGCUUGGUUGGGGUCACUUCUCUACUGUGUGGCUAUGCUGGGACCUGCAGUAAGUGACUGAUUUCGAGUGCAUCUGUAAAUCUAUACCAGUAAUACACAAACGAGAAGCCUAAUGAUAUUUAUCCUUUGUUUUUAAUUCCCAUCCAUUUGUUUCAUUCAGUUUUCAUUAAUGGCUAGCUGUUUUUUUUUAAAAAUCAGUUUGAGUCACGAAAUGAUUGUGUUUGUGUGUAGGAGGAAGCGCUUUGUGGCGCUGAAAGUGGUGAAGAGUGCUCUGCACUACACAGAGACGGCGCUGGAUGAGAUUAAACUGCUCAGAUGUGUGAGUGCAUUCCCAUUUCUUUCACCCUCAGACAUACAGCAGACAGAACUCAUUAAUGGCUACAAGCCCAAGGGCAUCCUCCAAAACAAAUGGCAUAGUAGUUCGGUGAAAUUGAUUGAUGUAAUAAUCAUUGUACUGUGUAGAUGGCUAGCUAGCCCAACACUGGGGAGUCGUAGUCUGGUACAUUUUAACAAACGUCUCUAGCAUACAGUGCCUUCAGAAAGUAUUCAGACCCCUUGACUUUUUCCACAUUUUGUGUCGUUACAGCCUUAUUCUAAAAUUAAUACCCCAUAAUGACACAGCAAAAACUGUUUUUUAGAACUUUUUGCUAAUUUGUAAAAAAAAAAAACAAAAAAAAACCCGGAAAGAUUACAUUACACAAGUAUUCAGACCCUUCACUCAGUACUUUGUUGAAGCACCUUUGGCAGUGAUUACAGCAGCGAGUCUUCUUGGGUAUGACGCUACAUGCUUGGCACACCUGUAUUUGGGGAGUUUCUCCAAUUCUUCUCUGCAGAUGCUCUCAAGCUCUGUCAGGUUGGAUGGGGAGCGUUGCUGCACAGCUAUUUUCAGGUUUUUCCAGAGAUGUUCGAUCGGGUUCAAGUCGGGGCUCUGGCUUGGCCACUCGAGGACAUUCAGAGGCUUGUCCUGAAGCCACUCCUGCGUUGUCUUGGCUGUGUGCUUAGGGUCAUUAUCCUGUUGGAAGAUGAACCUUCGCCCCAGUCUGAGGUUCUGAGCACUCUGGAGCAGGUUUACAUCAAGGAUCUCUCUGUACUUUGCUCCGUUCAUCUUUUCCUCGAUCCUGAUUAGUCUCCCAGGCCCUGCCGCUGAAAGACAUCCCCACAGCAUGAUGCUGCCACCACCAUGCUUCACCGUAGGGAUGGUGCCAGGUUUCCUCCAGACGUGAUGCUUAGCAUUCAGGCCAAAGAGUUCAAUCUUGGUUUCAUCAGACCAGAGAGUCAUGUUUCUCAUGGUCUAAGAGUCUUUAGGUGCCUUUUGGCAAACUCCAAGCGGGCUGUCAUGUGGCUUUUACUGAAGAGUGGCUUCCGUCUGGCCACUCUACCAUAAAGGCUUGAUUGGUGGAGUGCUGCAGAGAUGGUUGUCCUUCUGGAAGGUUCUCCCAUCUCCACAGAGGAACUCUGGAGCUCUGUCAGAGUGACCAUCGGGUUCUUGGUCACCUCCCUGACCAAGGCCCUUCUCCCCCGAUUGCUCAGUUUGGCCGGGCAGCCAGCCCUAGGAAGAGUCUUGGUGGUUCCAAACUUAUUCCAUUUAAGAAUGAUGGAGGCCAAUGUGUUCUUGGGGACCUUCAAUGCUGCAGACAUUUUUUUUGUACCCUUCCCCAGAUCUGUGCCUCGACACAAUCCUGUCUCGGAGCUCUAUGGACAAUUCCUUCGACCUAAUGGCUUGGUUUUUGCUCUGACAUGCACUGUCAACGGUGGGACCUGAUAUAGACAGGUGUGGGCUUUUCCAAAUAAUGUCCAAUCAAUUGAAUUUAACACAGGUGGACUCCAAUUAAGUUGUAGAAACAUCUCAAGGAUGAUCAAUGGAAACAGGAUGCACCUUCGAGUCACUUUGAGUCUCAUAGCAAAGGGUCUGAAUACUUAUGUAAAUAAGGUAUUUCUGUUUUUUUUAUUUAAUCCAUUUUAGAAUAAGGCUGUAAUGUAAUGUGGAAAAAGUCAAGGGGUCUGAAUACUUUCCAAAGGCACAGAUAGAUCACACUGUUUCUGAAUUGAAUUAACUUUUCUGUACUUAUUUUGUGUCCUAAGGUGCGAGACAGUGACCCUACAGACCCCAAACGAGAGACCAUUGUACAGCUUAUUGAUGACUUCAAGAUAUCCGGGGUCAAUGGCGUGCGUAUCCUUUCUGCUGCUCACCGGCUGAAACUGGGUUUGGUGGACCCUGUAAUCAACUGGGUUUGGUGGACCCUGUAAUCAACUGGGUGUGGUGGACCCUGUAAUCAACUGGGUGUGGUGGACCCUGUAAUCAACUGGGUUUGGUGGACCCUGUAAUCAACUGGGUUUGGUGGACCCUGUAAUCAACUGGGUUUGGUGGACCCUGUAAUCAACUGGGUUUGGUGGACCCUGUAAUCAACUGGGUUUGGGGGACCCUGUCAUCUUCCAAACCUUUCACACCACUUCUUCCUACUUGCCUGUACUACUAUUUGCCCUGUUUUCUUCAGACAGAAGAUAUGGUAUGUUACCUGUAAAAAAUAUAAGGCAAUGUUUAUAUGACCUUUCAAACAGCCCCUAAUUUACCACUUUUAUACAUAUCAGUGGGUAACUGGCCAAUUGGAAGGGGUGGGUGGUAAACCAAGGGGGCUGUUUGCGGUUCAAAUUAAGGAGGUGUUAAACAAUGGAAGUGUUAAUGAAUUUACCUGCAAAAAAGCAGAGAAUCAUUCACACACACAAUACCUGUGUUUUGGUCACAGGGUCUGUGAAAAUACAGGAAUCAUGACUAGGUCAUUAGGUGGCUUUUAAUUUGUCCAUGUUUUUUUUACCCCCUACUCUUUUCAGAUAUAUAUACAAAUGCAGGCAUGGUAAAUAAAUAUGAUUUUGGUCUGCGUAUUAAAGGGGUCUUUCAUGUGUGAGUUUGAGUGAAGCAGCUUCUCCUUAACUGGUGUGUCAGAUGUGUGUAUGGUGCUGGAGGUUCUGGGUCACCAGCUGCUGAAGUGGAUCAUCAAGUCCAACUAUAUGGGCCUUCCUCUAGUCUGUGUGAAGAGCAUUCUCCGACAGGUACAGUGGUAUAUCACAGCACUUUCUCCUCUGAUUAUAGCACAUUUAUAGCACAUGAAGCAGGUUUCACAGUUGCAGCAUUUAGAAAAUAGCCAGGGAAACUGGAAAAUAUGAUUAACGUAUUAGAUAUUACCAUAGCGAGCAGUUUUGUUAAUGGUACAGUAGUCAGUAACGCUUUACUAGAGACUGGCCAGUUCCACAUAUCCAUCUCGACCACCUUUUAUACAUGCUCGAUGUCUCGUCCUCCACAGGUUCUGCAGGGCUUGGACUACCUGCACACCAAAUGUAAGAUCAUCCACACAGACAUCAAGCCGGAGAACAUCCUGCUGGAUGUAGAUGAGGUGUACGUCAGACGGCUGGCUGCGGAGGCUACCAUGUGGCAACAGUCAGGAGCCCCUCCUCCCUCGGGCUCAUCAGGUGAGCUGGUUGGUUCAUUAUGACGAAAACGUCUAGACCUUUAACAUAAAAACAUGUUUGUUAUUAGUCAAAAUUGUUCUGAGGGUUAUAGCAUAGGGACAUCUUGUGAGUGCUUUAUGUGUGUCUGUAUGUGUGCUGUAAUUGUUAAAAUGUAAUUGGACUUCACAAAUUACUGGCUUCACUGUAAUGUGUAUAUUAUACUGUACACCAGGGGUGUCAAUUACCAUUUUACUGGUUAAAACCAAAUCGAAACUGUAGAAAUUAUAAUGGGUCUACAUAAAUAGUCUCUUCACGAUGCACAGAGUUCUUUUUUUCUUUGAAUUUUGAUGGCAAGGAAAUAUAAAGAAAUGUCAGUGUGGCCCUCCGGACCUCGCUGAAACCCCUGCUGUACACAUACAGACAGAACUAUCUAUUUUCACUUUGACUCUGUCAAAAGCCUUUGCUUUCUCAAACUUUGUCAAAUAUGUCUAGAUGUAAAUCUGUGGUGAUUUGUAAUUUGCAUGUUUAGAUGUUUCCUAUGCGUCUGUCUCUUUCUGCUAUCAAAUCUGCUCAUCGUCAUGUCUUCUGUCUCUAUUUGGUUUCUAACUUUGUCCUGUUUUUCUUGUGUGUUUGUUUUUGUGGUCAUUGCGGUUUACUGUCCCUCCCUUCGUUUUUUACCUCCUUUUCUGAUGGCAGUUAGCACCGCCCCAAGGGAGAACCAGGUAUGUUCAGACUAAAGUCCUGCCUGUCUGCCUGCCUGCCACAGAAGGGAUAGUCUUGCUCAAAAAAAAGAAACAGCACUUUUGGUGAACAAUGCUUUCACGUUGAUCAUAACUCACCUCAGCUUUUGUGUGAUGUGAUCAUGUUGCCUAAUGAUUAUUUUCUGACGGUGUGAUGGUUGGUGUGUGUCUGGAGUGGUUUGUCUCCUACCCAGGUAGUAUAUCAUCUGUCUCUGCAUGUCAAAACAGUAGUUGGCUCUCUAAACGACAUGGGGGGAAAAUGGUGGAGAGGGAAUGGGGUCUUGGUGCCCGGAUCGUCACAGUCAGACACUUCACAGUAAUACAUUCUCACUGGACAAUGCUUUGCCCCAUGGCUGACUUUUUAUGUAAGCAUCGUUUCAUCCUCCUGUCGCUGUCCAACAAAGAACAUAAUCAUUUACCCAGUUUCUUUGUUGGGUUUGUAGGGUUUUUCUCACCAGUUUUUGUUGAUGUGAGGAAGUGUCAGCACUUUGACUUGAUACAGUUUUAUCCUAUAGGCUCUCUCUUUACAGCUACCCUCCUUUCUGAUGUCUGUGUAUCUCUGUUCUCUCCGUAUGGAUCUAUAUCAGUGCUUUUUUAAAUUCGUAUUUGAAAUAGGAAAUGAUCAUCACGGCAGGUGAAAACAUAUCACGUUUCCCUCUUAAUAUACCUCCAGUACCAAGAAGGCUUCUAGCCCACUGUAUGCAGUUCUUAGAAUGUUUGUUUUGAACGAUGCAUUUUAACUUCAUGAAUUAUCACGUGAUUGGCAUUUGGCGCUUAAAGGGCACCAUACAUUAAUGGAUUACUGUAGCGUAGACAACAUUUCAUACCAAAUCCAUUAACAAGUAGACUACGUUAUAUGCAGUGGAAUAAACAACCUCAAGGACUUUUAAACUGGAGCGUGUGCUGUUGCACCCCUGGUCAUGUCUGGGGGAAGUUUAAAGCUGCAGCACUGUUAUUCAGGUGGAAAACCGCAUGCCAUCUGAUCCCUUGUGGUACAGUUGACCCUUCCUCAAAUUCCAGGUGUGGCUCACGUUAGCUUCCUCAGCAGAUCACAGCAGAGCUAGCUAACCCACUGAGCCAAAGCCUGUUCAGACAGCCGUGGACACGUGAGUUCACCAGGUCAGCUUUGAGGGAUGGUGUCAGAUGGGAUGGGCUUUCUGUAAGAGACCUACUGGAGAACUGGCGAUGGCAACAUGCUGGAGCUCAGAAUAGAGUGGUCAUCUAGCUAGCAGGAUUUAGAGAGGUUGCGGUGGUGUCAUGUUUAGUCUGCUUCCUAAGUGCCCACACAAGUUUUACUUGCAAUCGAAACUCUGUUUGUUGUGGGGCAGUGGUUCUGCCAUGGAAAUGAGGAUUAGAAUCAAAAGUAAUCAUGUGAAAUGUAAUUGAGCCCCGUUGUAGAUGGACUCCAUAGUAUUAUUAGAACAUGUAUUAAAGCUCACCUGUCUGAGGACCAGUUGUUAAUGAGAGACAGGCUAACACUGUGAAUAUUUCUCACUUUGGUACUUCCUUUCUGCACUCUUUCCUAUUUUUCUGCCUGGCAUGUACUCUCUGUCUAGGACCCUUUGGUACUGUGUACUGGAGUCAUAAGUAUCUACAGUGUCAGUAGUGUUAUCAGGGAGCAUCACAUGGUCAGUCAGGCUGGCAUCAUGAUGGCCUGACCCUGUAUCUGUCUCCGUCUGUGUGUCUAGAGCGGCAAGGUGACGAAGAACAAGAAGAAGAAGCUGAAGAGGAAGGCCAAGCGGCAGCAGCGUCUGCUGGAGGAGAGACUGGUGGACCUUCAGAAGAUGGAGGAGCUGGACGGGACCUCUCCACCAGACCCCUCCAACCCUCUACGCAACCCCUGGGGACAGGACGACGCUGCUGGGGACCCAGAGAGGAACGCCAACAGUGAGUGGUCCACCUCUACUACUGACACUGCUAUGCAAUGCCAAUCCCUUCAUAACAGUGAUUUAGUAGCAGCUGUAUGUCCUGGUUGAGUCUCUGUAUUAAAUCGAUAUGUUCUUGAUACCAUUUCUUCUGCCAGACUCCUCUGUGGUGAAGGGGAAUGAAAACGGGAACUGCUAUACCUGCGGCUCGUCCAUGGCUAACACCAAGGCCAGCCCGGAGUCUGGCUCGUUGUGGAUCGAGGAGGGCUGUAACGGACACAACCCCAUGCGUUUCUGCAGCCCUGGCUCUGGCCUGUCUGGGAUGUCAGGGAUGUCUGCUGGCUCCAUACUGUCAGCCACGUCUGAGUCAGCACUCUCCACCCUGUCAGGCUACUCCACCGGGAGAGACAGCCAACGCUCCGGAAUCUCCCCCAGCAGUCAGUAUCUCACUAGGCAUCUCUCUCUGUGAUCCUGUCUGUCACUUAUGUUGCCCUAUGUACAUCUGGCACCAGCAUGCAGUUGCUAUAUUGUUACUGUUCUCUGUAUUUAGAUGUUGUGAUUAUGAGCUAAAUUGUACGUCUGUGUCGCUCUAGUGUUCAGCGCAGCAGAUUUCCUGGUCAAUCCCCUGGAACCACAGAAUGCUGACAAAAUCCGCAUCAAGAUAGCAGACCUGGGCAAUGCCUGUUGGGUGGUAAGUGACUGUUUUCAACAGGAAGAACAAGAUCUGUAUCUGUAUGUUCUGGUUUUCCUCAUGAUAACCUGGACUAGGAGCUGUUCUCAUGUGACGUGUGGAGAUGGGGAAAGAACAGUGGGGUGUUAAUGAGCCCCCCUCUACUUCUCCAGCACAAACACUUCACUGAAGACAUCCAGACACGUCAGUACCGUGCCCUGGAGGUAUUGAUAGGGGCAGAAUACGGCACUCCGGCAGACAUCUGGAGCGUAGCCUGCAUGGUAAGCUACAAAACGGUGAUGGCACCUCUCUCCUUUAUCACUCAAACCACCUACUUCACCCCAUCUAAUCGUCCGAUGUGUGUCCCAAGUUGUGUCAGACAGUUGUCAUGUUUCGUCUGGGAUCUCUUUUGCCCUUCUGUGGAUUGCGUUUUGACUGACGUGACAUGUUGUUGCAGGCGUUUGAGUUGGCCACGGGCGAUUACCUGUUCGAGCCCCACUCAGGAGAGGACUACACUAGAGAUGAAGGUCUGUACCAGGGGUAUUCAACUUUUACCCUAUGAGGUCCGGAGCUUGCUGGUUUUCUGUUUUACCUGAUAACUAGUUGCACCCACCUGGUGUCCCAGGUUUAAAUCAGUUGGAGGGGAACAAUGAAAAAAUGCAGUGGAACUGGAUUCCAGGUCCAUAGUUGAGUUUGAGGGGUCAGUACCCUCCUUGUAUUGUCUAGGCCGGUGGUUCUCAAACCUCUUCUCAGGGGACACCAGCCAUUCCAGGUAUUUGAUCUAUUCCAGAGCUAGCACACCUGAUUCCAAUCAGCAAUUUAUCAAAAAGCCCUCAUUAGGUGACAAUUGUGAAAUACCUGAUCUGGGGGUCUCCAAGGAAAGGUUUGUGAACCUCUGGUCUAAGCUAUGUAUGUUUCAUGCUUGGAUGUAAAGAAGCUGUUCAAGCCCAUGUUAAUGUGAAUUUAACAGUGAUGUAAUGCUCUCUUCUGUUCUCUCAGAUCACAUUGCACACAUCAUUGAGUUAAUGGGAGCCAUUCCGCCCCCUUUUGCGCUGUCUGGGAGAUAUUCACGAGAAUACUUUGACAGGCGAGGUAAGUCUUACCGUAAAUUAGGUGCAAAAAAGUAAAAUAUAUUCUUGUUUAAUGGUUUUGUACUGUAUGUAAAAGCUAUGAGUCACAGAAUGGCCUGGUUCAAGUGGACAAUGCGUUGUUGAGAAACGUGUCAAGAAAAGUCCCUCAGACCGAUUUAGAUAAUGUUACAGUACUACAAUUCACGUGUCCUGUCUCGUAUUACUCGAGUGGUCAUCUGCUUAGAAUGUGCCACUACAAUAUAUUUUCCUUCAACAUUCCUAAAACCAAUGUUUCUAGAAAUAUUCUCAAAAUGACUAGCACAUUGUGUGCACAAGGGGGCGCCAAGCUGACAUACCUGUAUGGUAACAUCUAGUUGCCUAGUAAGAUCUGAGAGACCAUCAAUGGCCCCAUUUUAUAUUGUGGUAUAAUGUUGGUGUUUAGCUCACUGUAACAAUAUAUUGUAUUGUUUCCCUCCUGAAGGUGAGCUGAGGCACAUAGCCAACCUGAAGCCGUGGGGUCUGUUUGAGGUGCUGUUGGAGAAGUAUGAGUGGCCACUGGAGCAGGCGGCCCAGUUCAGUGACUUCCUCCUAACCAUGCUGGACGUCACACCAGAGAAGAGAGCCACUGCCGCCCAGUGUUUGCAGCACCCCUGGCUCAACUUGUAGACUACUGACCACCACCACAACACAACUACCAUGCGUCUAACCUUUACCGUAUACCACUGAGUCCAUACUGUUCUACUGUAAGUCAGUGUGGUUAUUCUCAGCCUAGAUGGAGAUCUUUUCUAAAUGAAAUGUGAGUAUUUAUCUAAAGUUAAUAUAAACUGACAUUACCAUUACUCUGAGCACAUAAGUAGCAGUAACCUAAAUCUACAGAUUUUAUUUAUUUAUUAAAGCAGCAUUACAGGUUCUGUAAAUGGUUGGGAUGAAUAUGAUGUAUGUAGUUUGUUUUAAAAUGGAUGAUCUACUUCUCAUUGUGCUGAGUCACAUUUGUUAAAAUAGUGCCUUGAUGUGCCAGGUGUAAAAAAACAAAACUUUAAAAAAACUUUUUUUUAUACAUGUCGCCAAACUGUAUGUGGAAUGCUUCUUAUUUUGUGAACACAAAAUGUAUUUAAACAUGACUGAAAGAAAGACCAGAUAUCUUACAACCUGUGUUCUUCAGAAUAAAUCUUUUUCGGAAACCAGAUUCAGCCAGUUUAUUUAGAGUACUGUAUGCCACUGUCAUAAUGUGGCCAAGAGAUGGUGAAUUGAUUUAAUGUACUUAAUUUACUAUUCUUAAGUUGGCUGUUGACAAGUUUUGUAUUUAGCACUGUAGACAACUUUUACUAUGAUACUGUAAAUAGUCAUAUGCUGUAAGCAGGUAGACUUCUAUCCAUCUGAUAUCAAAAGAGAACAUGGAUCACAGUUAAUGUAAUUGUGAUCAGUGCAAAGGCUUACACUUUCUAUCCCUUUCUCAGUAAUACACACCAUUGUGUAGGUGAGUGGUAUACACUAUAAAGAUGGUUACUUAAUCGCUACUUAAAUUGAUUUCAAUGUACUCCUUUUUAAAUGUAAUUCCACACAUGCAGCUUUACAAAAACACUGAAAUUCUUGUAAUAAACAGUGACAGUUCGUCAGAUGCCUCCUGACACCUGCAUAAAUGAACUCCGAGGUAUACGUGUCCAGGUUUUCCUCAGCUCAUCAGAAGAUAUGUCCAUCCUCCCAAUAUGACAGAGCCAUAGGAGGGACACGUAUAAAAGAAAACAGCAACAGUGUUAGGAAGCGAUUCCAGAGCUUAAGCGGCAGUAAAAUCCUAAUUCAUUUAUUCACUCGGCACUUCCUCUGUUCUUUACUUGGACUGCUACAGUAGUGUCACUUCUUGCGCACUACCGUCGUCCAGCCAUCGUCUUCCUCUUGAGACUGGGGUUUAUCUGUCUGUUUGGGUGCUGCACUACUCGGGGGGUUUGUUGACGUUGCUGCUUCAAACUCCAUGGACUGUGGAUUACAUAAGGACAACCUUUUCAUAAUUGACACGACUGACUUUCAGUCCAAAAUAGUUAAUUUGACAGUUAUACCAGUAAAACACGUCAUACCUCUGUCUCAUCUCCAUCACUCUCCUCUCCAUCAGCAUUGUUUGGUUGAGGUGUGACCUUGGCUCGUUCUGCACUCUUCUUAAGUUUGGCUAUCUGCUCUUUGACCUCUGCAAGCUUUCCUUGUUGACACUGCGUGAAGAUCUGGCUAACUUUCUGUGCCACCUGAUCAAUGAAGAAAGCAUUGAUUUAGAUACUUCUUGACAUUAAGAAUGCGGAUGGUUGAAAAUGAAAAGACAUUGGUAGGUUCAGAUAGCCCCAAUAUUGUGUGUUGACAUUUUAAAUGUCUAAAUUGAAAACACAAGAUGUGCACCUGAGGUAAACUGCCAUCAUCCACCACUGUAUCAAACUCAUUGUUCAUAAGGUCUGCUAUGUAGUCCUCCACUUCAUCUGGCUGCAGGUUUGCUGUAAACAAACAACAUCCAAUUAGCUGGAAGGCUGGCUGGAACUGUUCAGCAUGUCAAUAAGUGAUCUAAACAGAGCAGACACGGGUGCUUCAUCAUAGCAGUUGUGCGGUAACGCAGAGAGGAAGAGGCAAAGUACACUGCUCAAAAAAAUAAAGGGAACACUAAAAUAACACAUCCUAGAUCUGAAUGAAUGAAAUAAUCUUAUUAAAUACUUUCUUCUUUACAUAGUUGAAUGUGCUGACAACAAAAUCACACAAAAAUUAUCAAUGGAAAUCAAAUUUAUCAACCCAUGGAGGUCUGGAUUUGGAGUCACCCUCAAAAUUAAAGUGGAAAACCACACUACAGGCUGAUCCAACUUUGAUGUAAUGUCCUUAAAACAAGUCAAAAUGAGGCUCAGUAGUGUGUGUGGCCUCCACGUGCCUGUAUGACCUCCCUACAACGCCUGGGCAUGCUCCUGAUGAGGUGGCGGAUGGUCUCCUGAGGGAUCUCCUCCCAAACCUGGACUAAAGCAUCCGCCAACUCCUGGACAGUCUGUGGUGCAACGUGGCGUUGGUGGAUGGAGCGAGACAUGAUGUCCCAGAUGUGCUCAAUUGGAUUCAGGUCUGGGGAACGGGCGGGUCAGUCCAUAGCAUCAAUGCCUUCCUCUUGCAGGAACUGCUGACACACUCCAGCCACAUGAGGUCUAGCAUUGUCUUGCAUUAGGAGGAAUCCAGGGCCAACCGCACCAGCAUAUGGUCUCACAAGGGGUCUGAGGAUCUCAUCUCGGUACCUAAUGGCAGUCAGGCUACCUCUGGCGAGCACAUGGAGGGCUGUGCGGCCCCCCAAAGAAAUGCCACCCCACACCAUGACUGACCCACCGCCAAACCGGUCAUGCUGGAGGAUGUUGCAGGCAGCAGAACGUUCUCCACAGCGUCUCCAGACUCUGUCACGUCUGUCACGUGCUCAGUGUGAACCUGCUUUCAUCUGUGAAGAGUACAGGGCGCCAGUGGCGAAUUUGCCAAUCUUAGUGUUCUCUGGCAAAUGCCAAACGUCCUGCACGGUGUUGGGCUGUAAGCACAACCCCCACCUGUGGACGUCGGGCCCUCAUACCAUCCUCAUGGAGUCUGUUUCUGACCGUUUGAGCAGACACAUGCACAUUUGUGGCCUGCUGGAGGUCAUUUUGCAGGGCUCUGGCAGUGCUCCUCCUGCUCCUCCUUGCACAAAGGUGGAGGUAGCAGUCCUGCUGCUGGGUUGUUGCCCUCCUACGGCCUCCUCCACGUCUCCUGAUGUAUUGGCCUGUCUCCUGGUAGCGCCUCCAUGCUCUGGACACUACGCUGACAGACACAGCAAACCUUCUUGCCACAGCUCGCAUUGAUGUGCCAUCCUGGAUGAGCUGCACUACCUGAGCCACUUGUGUGGGUUGUAGACUCCGUCUCAUGCUACCACUAGAGUGAAAGCACCGCCAGCAUUCAAAAGUGACCAAAACAUCAGCCAGGAAGCAUAGGAACUGAGAAGUGGUCUGUGGUCACCACCUGCAAAACCAGUCCUUUAUUGGGGGUGUCUUGCUAAUUGCCUAUAAUUUCCACCUGUUGUCUAUUCCAUUUGCACAACAGCAUGUGAAAUAUAUUGUCAAUCAGUGUUGCUUCCUAAGUGGACAGUUUGAUUUCACAGAAGUGUGAUUCACUUGGAGUUACAUUGUGUUGUUUAAGUGUUCCCUUUAUUUUUUUGAGCAGUGUAUAUAAUAAUACAAUAGAUAUUCUUUGGGUAACGUUAGUCUAUGUAUGGAAAUCAUGGGUCAGGUUACCGUUGUCAUGAAAAUAUUGUUGGACCACAUCCACCAUCCAGUCUGCCUUCUGUUGGCCGUACACGCCUCCAAACCCAUUAUCAACUGCGAUCUGCAAAACAACGUUUGUACACUAUUUAUUACACACGUAACUACAAACAUCGGUAUACUGUUUAAUCGGUGUACAUUAUGGAUCUCUUUGAGGCUGACACGCUUAUAACGUUGUCGCUAUAGAGCUAGCUAACCAAACAGUAUAUGGAGGAAAAAUACAGCACAGUCCACAAACUACAGAUAGCUAACGUAGUUACAGUAGCAAGCUAGCCAGGUGUCAGCACGGCUCGUGUGACAUUAUUGCUAUUUAUGACGGAAUAAUUACACCAUUAGAGCCUGUGCCCGAAUAUACAGUGUUUGAUAUAUGACAUAUUCACCUACCUGUAAAACAGGCCAAGUUUCUAGGACUGCUCUCACUGCUUCAGUGAAAAGUUCACGUGCAUUCUUCUGCGCUUCCAUUUUGAAAACAAUCAGGCAUUACACG